AUGGUUCUGGAGCGAGCGGACAUCGUGCGGGGCAAGGAGGCCCCCAGGAGCAGGUGGCCGUGGCAGGUAAGCCUGCGGGUACACGUCGAGUACUGGAUGUACUUUUGCGGGGGCUCCCUCGUGCACCCCCAGUGGGUGCUGACCACAGUGCGCUGCCUGGGACCGGACUUCACAGACCCCGGAACACUCAGGGUGCAGCUGCGUGAGCAGCAUCUGUACUACCAUGACUGGCUGCUGCCUGUCAGCAGGGUCAUCGUGCACCCCAACUUCUACUCCGUGCAGAAGGGCGCUGACAUCGCCUUGCUGGAGCUCGAGGACCCCGUGAACAUCUCCGACCACGUGCAGCUGGUCACCUUGCCCCCUGCCUCCGAGACCUUCCCUUUGGGGACGCUGUGCUGGGUGACCAGCUGGGGCGAUGUGGGUAACAACGGCUGGCCGAUACAAUUGCCACCAUUCCCCCUGAAGGAGGUGGAGGUCCCCAUCGUGGAAAAUAGCCUUUGUGACACUGAGUACCACAGCGGCAUGUACACUGGGGACAACAUCCGUAUCGUCCACGAUGACAUGCUGUGUACUGGGAACGAAGGGCACGACUCCUGCCAGGGCGACUCCGGAGGGCCCCUGGUCUGCAAGGUGAACGGCACCUGGAUGCAGGCAGGUGUGGUCAGCUGGGGUGAUGGCUGCGCUCAGCCCAACCGGCCAGGCAUCUACACCCGCGUCACCCACUACUCGGACUGGAUCCGCCGCUAUCUUCCUGCCUGGGGGGCCUGCCCCUGCCCCAUCACGUGCUGUCACCCAGAGCCCCUCCCCAUCCCGAGGACCCUCCCCACCCUGAGUCCCCUCUCCAUCCUGAGCCCCCCUCGGCUCCUGGACCCUCUGGCCCUCACCUGCCCAGAGCCUCUGCCCCCCCUCAGCCCGUACAGCCUGCAGGGAGAAGUCUCCGUUGUGGACACAGGGACCUCCAGACAGGGCUACAGUGGCACAGGUGGCACCAUCCCAGAUGUGCUGUGUGCCUGGGGCCCCGGGGACGCCUGCCAGGACGACUCCAGAGGGCCUCUGGUCUGUCGGGUGGACGGCACCUGGCUGCAGGUGAGCGUGGUGAGCUGGGGCGAGGGCUGCGGCCGCCCCAACAGGCCUGGUGUCUACACCCUCGUCCCUGCCUAAGUGAACUGGAUCCGCCUCCAUGUCCCAGCAGCCUGGGGCUCAGAGCUCGCCCCACUGCCUCUCCUGGCUGGCUUCUUCCUCCCCGGACUUCUCCUCCUCCUCGUUGCUUCUGUCCUUGUGGCCAAGUGCUCUCUGCGCAGAGCCAUCUCCCUCCCUCCAACUUCUGACCCUUGA